CGGAAGUAUUCCCUUCUCGCACUUGCUAACGCGCAAGCAGUUUACCUGUUGUCAAACCAAUGUCUGAUUCUGAUGGCCCCCCGCCGGAACCUGCUGGACUGGAAGGUCUCCCACCGAUGUACGCCAUCUACAAGGGAGAGGUAGUCUCUGUGCAAACCUAUGGCGCGUUCGUCCGGUUGCCAGGUUACAAGAAGGAAGGCCUGGUACAUGUGAGUGAGAUGUCAGCCUCACGAGUUGAGAAUGCUGCAGAGAUUGUCGAUGUAGGGGAACAGGUGUGGAUCAAAGUGAUUGGACGAGAGAUUCGUGGUGAGAAGGUCAAGUUGUCCUUCUCAAUGAAAGCUGUCAAUCAAGGAACUGGGCAGGACUUGGACCCUAACAAUGUUAUGGCAGAGCAAGACGAGAGGCGACGAAGGCAGUUUAGAGACAACACAGGGAAGAGGAUCACACUGGAGGCCGUGCUCAAUACGACAUGCUCAAAGUGUGGAUGCAAGGGUCACUUUGCGAAGGACUGUUUUUCUGCUCCAGGACUGCAGUAUGCCCUAUUGCCUGAAGAGGAUGAUGAAGUGCCACAACAGCAGCAACAACAGCCCUCCGCAGCCACACUACAGCAAGACUCUACCAAGAAGAAGAAAAAGAAGGAGAAGAAACUUAAGAAAAAGAGGAAGCGGGAGAGGAAAGAGUCAGACAGUGACAGUAGCAGCAGUAGCAAUGAGACGGCAGGAGCCAGCAAAGCCAAGAGGGGGCGCCAUGAUCACACACAGGACAGAAAGAAGAAGAAGCACAAGAAACACAAAUCACACAAACACAGAUGAGACAGGGGGUGUAUGCGCACACUCACACACCACACUUACACAGAAAUAUACACACAUCUACAUUUUUCAGCCAACCACAGAGGGAACAUAUGCAGAGGCAGUUUGAAACAUAACAAAUGACAGACAGACAUCCUGUUUUGUGUCUUAUGCAGGUCCCCAUCACCAGUGGAGCACUUUUUUAAUCUUCUGUAUUUUUUUUUCUGUAUGUCACCUGAGCUGAUUUAGUGAUAUUUUAUUUUUGUUUUUUUGUCCCAGAGUGCUUCAGUAGUGAAUAGAAGCCUGCUAAGACCCCCUACCAAGUUUCACAAAGCAAAAGGGGUCAAAAAGGGAAGCAUUGAAAAAAUAAAUCAGGACAAAGUCUCCUCUUGUCCUGAAGUAACCAGUGGCCCUUGCCACAGUGGGGGUUUACAGAUCUUAAGUAACCAGAUAGGUGUAAACAAUAUGGUAGCGGGCCACUAUCCCCAUUAGAACUCUGGGUAUUGUUUACACCUAUCUAGUUUCUCAUGUCUUGAGAGAUCCAUUAAGUAGAGGUGAGGACAGUCCGGCCCCACUGGGUGGCAAGACAUGAAAUACUUCCUAGGAAAAUACACAGAUAGAAACACACCCGCACACAGGAAGUAGUAUAGACACAAACAGGAAAUGUAUGUAACACAGGAGAUGCUGGCAGGAACCUCAUACUAUGGUCAAGUCCUGUGUCAGCCCAUCUGUUAUUGUGUGCAUAAGAGUCAAGUCAACUUUAUUUGUAUAGCCCAAUAUUACAGAUUUGCCUCAAGGGGCUUUACAGCAACAGAACAUCCUGUGCUUAAACCCUUGCAUCGGCUAAGGAAGAGUGUGUGUUUGUAUGGUUUGCCUCUCUGGUCAAGCAAGGUCUGCUCACAGCAUUGUUCUCUUCCUGCAUGACAACUGUUGCCCCUUCAUUAAAAACAUUUUAACAGUCAAACGGCUCUUGAUCUCUUUCUUCCUGGACCUUGAACACAUAAUGCUAUCAGAACUGACAGACCCUUAGGAACUGACACAAAUACACAAACUCACUCUCUGCACCUCACACAAAUACAUCGUACACAACUGUGGAUGAUGUGUAUAGAGUCCUGUUUGGACACAACGGGAUCGUGUUGAGUUUACUGGUGUGAGGUGGGAAAGAUGUACUCUGAUGUCUAAGGUUAAGUACUACACAUGAAGAUGCGAGACCCCAGGGAUGUGAUGUACACUAGACAAAUUCCAGCCUGGGUCAUUCCCAAAUAGGUCAUAUUCAGGGGGGGGGAAAUGGCACCUUUAGUUACAAAACAAGACACCCUUGAUAAGUUCACUUCAGUGAUUAGACAAGAUAGAUCAUGUGGAACUCAGCUCUUGGUCUUUUCAGCGGUUGAUUGUGUUGUGAUUUAUGAGUCCUACAUUCAGGUCUGGUGUCAGAGGUAUGAAUGUACCAUUACUAAAGACAGUGAGAAUGGCACAACACAACUCGACUGUGCUCUACUAGCAAUGACCUGCCUCCAUCAGUAAAUCUUGAUUAUCAUUCAUUUCCUGUUUUUUUUUUUUUAUUUCUGAAAGCUACCCCAAAUUGUUCUACAAUCUGAGGUCGACACUGGAAUUUAAACGCUGUGGGCGGUCCUGAACUUUUGUUGCCGUGUUUUCUCGGUUCAUGUUGCGCAAUCGCUUGUCAUGUCAAUUAGUGGCAACAAAGCCUCUCAAUCCAUGAAGCUGCUGAAGAGAGGAAGGGCUUAACUGAGGAAGCUGCAUCGAUUGUUAGAAGCAGCAGAGAUCGCCGCUGGCGCAUCACAAAUGCCUCAGGGCUCAUGUGCUUCCGGGAUCAAUGUGAGACACAUGGUAAUCUAUGAAGCGCCACGUUAGUGGACUCAGAUGGCGGUCGUGUGUCAGUGCUGGACCUAUCUGGCCCUGGUAAGAGUAUUUUAUGGAGGCACCUUCACCCUGGCCCCGUUUGGCAGUCUGUCUCACCACUCACAUGACACCAAUCUACGGUAGGAGGGAAUGCUCCUGAUUUAGAAAUCUCACACACACACACACACACGCACAUGCUGUACUACUUUUGCACUAGGACACAAGUGAACACACAUCAGGAUCAGGUAUGUGUCCCUAACAAAACUUUCCUUUCCCCUUGCCAACCUAAAGCCAGGAUAUAUUUCUGUAUCAAUGACUCCACAAGGUUUGUCAGGACUGUAGACACAACGCACAAUCACCUGUCCAAAAUAAAGACAAAAGAUGCACUCGAGAAAUUUCAGAGAGAAAAAAACAAUCGGAAUUUAUUCGGUGUUUCUCAUUGAGGUAUGUUAAGUACAAAGAGAGGGACAAAGGGGGGGGGGUCUAAGCGAUGUCUAAGUUAAUAACUGGGAGACUCAAUGAGGUAUCGCGGGGAAUGGACACGUAGUCCAUACAAAAGGGUGUGUUAGGCCCGGGGUUACAGUGUAGUCAGGCUAUAGGGUCUGGAGCUUUGGCUGAUGUGAAUAAUAAGGAAGAUGGAUGGGUUAGGAAGACUGCGAUCACUAAGCCUU